AUGAGUACUUCUUCUACCAGGCGCGGUACUAGUUCUCACUCAACCAUUACAACUACAACCACCACUACUGCUGCUGCAAGUUCUUCUUCCUCUAGCGGAAAACAUGUGGCAACUAAUUUUAAUCCGACCAGUAGCAGUGCAAAAAGCGCUGGUCCUAAAGGUGAAAACUUGUACGAAUGGGUGUCAACCAUUACAGGACCCGCUGGUUCUCCUUAUGAUGGCGGAAUCUUCUUCUUGGAUAUUACUUUUCCACAAGAUUAUCCAUUCAAACCUCCAAAGAUCGUUUAUCGUACACGUAUCUAUCAUUGCAACAUCAAUUCUUCAGGACAAAUUUGCCUUGACAUUCUUAAAGACAAUUGGUCUCCGGCUUUGACGAUUUCCAAAGUCUUGUUGUCAAUAUGCUCGCUGUUGACUGAUGCUAAUCCUCUAUUGCACAUCAAUAUUUGCACAACCGUGAGGAACAUGACAGAAUUGCUAAAGAGUGGACCAAACGCUACGCGUCUUGACUUUUCAGCUUCUCUGCAGUUAGUAUUUGUAAAACGUUUUUAUUUAUGA